AUGUUUGCAAAUUUAAAUUCUACAGCAAUCUUCUGCUUUUAUGAAGUGAAAUCGAUAUAUUUAGAUCUUUUCUGCACGUUUUACUUCAGUUUUACAAUGCAGAUAUUCGUAAAAACCCUAACGGGGAAGACCAUCACCCUAGAGGUGGAGGCUUCCGACACUAUAGAAAAUGUGAAAGCCAAGAUUCAAGAUAAAGAGGGUAUUCCUCCUGAUCAACAACGAUUGAUCUUUGCUGGUAAACAAUUGGAAGACGGCCGCACACUUUCUGAUUACAAUAUUCAGAAAGAAUCUACUCUUCACUUGGUGUUAAGGCUCAGAGGAGGUACUAUUGAACCUUCUCUGCGUAUUUUGGCUAUGAAGUACAACUGUGACAAGAUGAUCUGUCGCAAGUGCUAUGCUCGUCUUCAUCCACGUGCUACCAACUGCCGCAAGACCAAGUGUGGCCAUACCAAUAACCUCCGCCCCAAGAAGAAGAUCAAGGAUUAG